GAAAUAUAUUAUUAACAUGAUUGGACUAGUCAGUACUGAGCAUUUUUGCAAUUGGUGCAAACAAAGAAGAAGUUUGGCUAGCUAACCUGUAUUUUGACGGCGUAAUCUACAAUAAUAUUAAUUGUAAAAUGUUGCUCUCUACAAAAAAGAGUGACGUUCUUCAAUAUAAAGGCUGCAAUUUCUUCAAACAGCGAUUGGUACUUUCGGUUUUAAGUGGAAAGUCAAUUAACAUUACGGAAAUUAGAUCGAAAUCCGAAGACGAACCGGGCUUGAAAGAAUUUGAAGUUAGCCUGAUCCGUUUGUUUGAUAAACUUACGAACGGCACGAUUAUAGAAUUGAAUGAAACCGGUACUUCGUUAUUUUUUCAACCUGGUUUAUUAGUGGGAGGUAAAAUUCAGCACGAUUGUUCCUUACAAAGAGGAUUAGGGUAUUAUUUAGAAGCGCUGUUUAUGAUCGGAUGUUUUUGCAAACAACCCCUAAAUGUAACCUUGCAAGGUGUGACAUGUACUAACGUCGAUCCGUCUGUAGAUUUAAUGAAGACAUCGAUGAUUUCUACACUAAAGAAAUUCAUCCUAGAUGAUGAAGAAUUGGAUUUAAAAGUAACUAAAAGGGGCAUGCGUCCCUUGGGAGGUGGAGAAGUAGUGUUCAAAUGCCCGAUCCGAAAACAGCUGCGGCCGGUACAGAUACUAGAUAAUGGAAUGGUAAAACGAAUAAGGGGCACAGCUUAUGCACUAAGAGUAUCUCCAGCCAUGGCAAAUAGGAUGGUGGAAAAAGCCAAAGGUGUGUUGCUCAACUUUAUACCUGAUGUUUAUAUAAGCACUGACCACUGCAAAGGCAAACAGUCAGGUAAAAGUCCUGGAUUUGGCAUGCAUUUGUAUGCCGAAACAACCAAUGGUGUCAUCUAUUCUUCAGAGCAGAUAUCAAACUUAGUAUCACAGGGAGAAGAGCCCUCAAUUCCAGAAGAUUUGGGUGUAGCCGCAGCGCAAAGGCUACUUUAUGAGAUAUAUCUUGGUGGUAUUACAGACUCAACUUCUCAAUCAUUGGCCAUUCUAAAUAUGGCUCUUGGUCCAAAAGAUGUUUCAAAAAUCGUCCUUGGACCUCUAACGGAAUAUACAAUAGGUUUUUUGAGAAAUCUGAGGGAAUUUUUUGGUGUCACUUUUAAAAUAGAAAACUAUGAAAAUGAGGAAGAUCAAGGUGGAACAGGAUCAAAAAAAGUGUUGUUAACUUGUGUGGGUAUAGGUUAUACCAAUAUUAGCAAGAGGACUAUAUAAAUAUUGCUAUUUUUGUAUAUGAUAAUAAGAAUUUUUAUAAAUAAAUUUGCCUCCAACAAUUUUGAUUCUAAUUUAUUUACUUACAUAUAAGUAUUUUGAAUGUGUGUAAAGGUGCUAAAUAUUUUUACUAAAAUAUGUAGACAUUUCAUGUAUAAACUAUGGAAAUUUGUCAAUGUAGUCUAUCAAAAAUGUUUCUGGUAUUUUUAUUCCAUAAAUAAAAAACCGCCUUGGUAAUUAGCCCUUUGGUUCCAUUGUACAUUCAUGGGGUAACCUCUCCUAAUAGUGCACCAGCGUAUCUUGAAUAGUAAGUUGCCUCUUCCAAGGGGAGUUUUACAGUUCCUCAGACUCGAUAAUGAGAUAUUUCUCCUCUUCUAAAUGCACUCGCGUUCAACUAAAGUUCUGCAAUCGGGGGCAUAACUAUUGGGGGUUAAGAGGAGUAGCCACCAUUGUCAUUGACUUGGUAAAUCCAUGGUAGCUUAGAAUAGUUCUCAAAAUAAAAAAUAGGCGAAAACCAAUAAUUUAUUGGAAAUAAUUAGCAGUCACGAAUUGCUGAUAUGUAUGAAGACAUAGACUUAUAUAGAAGGUUUUUGGCGUUUU